CCUGGCUGCGCGCGGGGGCCGGAAGUGGCUCGGGGCGGGGGGGGGGGGCCCGGGCCCUCCUCAGGUGAAGCCGCCACCGAUGGAGCCGCCGCCGCCGCCGACCCCCUGAGCCCCCCCCGCCGCUCCCCCACGCCCCGCGGCCGGGACGGGUCGGGGGGGCCCUCCCCGAGCCCCGCCGGAAUCUGCUCUUCCUGGAAGGUGAGUGGCUGCGUGCGCCCUGCCAGCGACGCAGACAUGCACACGCAGCCUGGGCUCCAGCGCUGUUUCCAAGGAGUUGGCUGUGAUAACACUCCAGGGUAUCUCCAGCAAGGUAGUGGGGAUUCCUCUCUGGAGAAGGAGUUCAGCUCGGCGAUCGUGGGACCCACGGUGAGCACACCCAACAGCCAGCACUCCUCCCCGAGCCGCUCCCUCAGUGCAAACUCUAUCAAGGUGGAGAUGUACAGCGAUGAGGAAGCCAGCCGGCUGCUGUCACAGGAUGACCGGAUGCUGGAGAAGGAGGACAGCGUGAUCGUGGAGGACUCGCUCUCAGAGCCCCUGGGCUACUGCGACGGGACGGGCCCGGAGCCGCACUCCCCCGGGGGCAUUCGGCUGCCCAACGGCAAGCUGAAAUGUGACAUCUGCGGGAUGGUGUGCAUCGGCCCCAACGUGCUGAUGGUGCACAAACGCAGCCACACUGGAGAAAGGCCGUUCCACUGCAACCAGUGCGGAGCUUCCUUCACCCAGAAGGGAAACCUCCUGCGUCACAUCAAACUGCACUCGGGCGAGAAACCCUUCAAAUGCCCCUUCUGCAACUACGCGUGCCGCAGGAGGGAUGCGCUCACCGGCCACCUGCGAACACACUCCGUCUCCUCCCCCACUGUCGGCAAGCCCUACAAGUGCAACUACUGCGGCCGGAGCUACAAGCAGCAGAGCACGCUGGAGGAGCACAAGGAGCGGUGCCACAACUACCUGCAGAGUCUGAACACUGAACCGCAGUCGCUGGCCAACCAGCAAGGUGACGAGAUGCGAGACCUGGAGAUAGUGCCGGACUCUCUGCUUCACCCCUCGUCCGAUCGGCCGACGUUUAUUGACCGGCUGGCGAACAGCCUCACCAAACGGAAACGAUCGACACCUCAGAAAUUCGUGGGGGAGAAGCAGAUGCGAUUCACCCUCUCGGACCUCCCCUUCGACGUGAACUCCGGCUUCGAGAAGGACGUGGAGAUGGUCUCGGCCCACCACCCCCUCGACCCCUCCUACGGCAGCUCCCUGUCCCUGAUGGGGGGGGAGCACCUUCGUCCCCUCCGCCUGCCCCCCACAAACUGCAUCUCGGAAGUCACCCCCGUCAUCAGCUCCGUCUACACGCAGAUCCAGCCUCUGCCGGGCCGGCUGGAGGUGCCGGGGGGCCGGGAAGCCGCCGAGGGGCACGAGGAGGUGCCGGACGGGGUGCAGGUGGUGUACCGGGGCCGGGAGCCGGGCGCAUCGCCCGCCAACGGCUGCCAGGACUCGACGGACACGGAGAGCAACCACGAGGAGCGGAGCUCGCAGCUGCCGGCGGGGAACUGCGCCAGCAGCCGCCAGAGCCCGGCCUACGCCAAAGAGGACCCCAAACUGCCGGAGGGACCCCCGGCCCCCCGCUCCACGCCCAGCUCCGCCAAAGAAGCCCUGCGGGUGGUCAACGAGGACGGGGAGCAGAUCAGGGCCUUCAAGUGCGAGCACUGCCGCAUCCUUUUCCUGGACCACGUCAUGUUCACCAUCCACAUGGGCUGCCACGGCUUCAGAGACCCUUUUGAAUGCAACAUCUGUGGCUACCACAGCCAGGACCGGUAUGAGUUCUCCUCCCACAUAGUGCGGGGCGAGCAUAAAGUCGGCUAAACCCACCCCCCACCAGCCCUCUCCCCGGCCCCCCCCCCCCCCCCCCAGCCCCCACCCUCCACUCUUCCUCUGUCUCUAGCUCAGCCCCUCCACCCUUAGGGCAUGGAACUGUUGGUUUUUCUUUUAUACUCCUUUGCACUGACUUUGGCUACAAAAAAAUAUUAAAAAAAAAAAAAAUCAAUAAGUAAAAAAAAAAAACAAAAAAAAACAAAAAAAAAAAACCAAACCAACCCCAACGAGGGGGAGCUCUUAACAAUUUGCCUUUUUAUAAAUGGAGUUAUUUAAAUAUUAACGGACUUUUUUGUGCUUUUCCCCCCCACCUCUCCCACCUCCCUCCGUUAUUUAUUAAGCUUUUCAGUUUCUCUUUUAUAACUCUUUUCCCCCCACCCCACCCCACCCCCCGCCCCUUCCCAAAGUCUCACUUGAAUUUUUGAGACUGUUCCCCCCGGUCCCGGUCAGCUCUCCGGCACGGGGCCACGCACCAGCCUGGAGCUCCGAGCCCGGCUUUGCCCGUUCCCGCUCUCCGGCGAAGCAAACCUCAGAUUAGGUGCUAAACCCCCCCGGGACUCCACCCCCCUCAGCCUGGCGGGGGGCCGCUGCGCCCCAAGCUUUAAUGAGUUUAAAUAGACGGAGCAUAAAGCAGGGACACACACACACCCCCCCCCGCCUCCCCACGGGGCCGGUUGUGCCGGCGGAGGUGCCGGGAUUUGUUCGGCUCCCCUUUCCCGCGGCUUGUGAACCCCCUGUGCGCCUGGUCCCGCGCGGGGGGGGGGGGGGGUGGGGGGGUGCGAGGGGGGGCCCCCCCAUACCUCCACCUCAAUGAAGGAAACGUUAAGCCGGGAAGAUGGCGAGCGGCCGGGUGACGGCUCCGUUCCGCUGUCCGGGAUCUCCUCCUCUUCCUCGGCACAGGCCAGUAUCUCCAGCCCGCUCUGCUGCAGGGUUUGAUCCCCUACGCUGCCCACGGUGGGGGGGGGGGUACACCAAAUCCAGCCCCCCCCCCCCCCCCCCCCCCAAGCCUUCUUGCUCUCUUUGGCAUUCCCGGGGGGUCACAGCGGGGUCUCCCCGCGUCCCUCCUGUUCCCGCAGCGUCUGCCCCGCUCCAGCUCGCACAGAGGAGUCGGGGCGGCGGCACCCCCAGUGCCGGAGCUUUACCCUCGUUGCUGCCCCCCCCCGGGACCCCCCCUCCAUGUCCGGAGGGUCUGAAAGAGGGGGGCAGCUUGGGGGUGUCGCCUGCUGCAGUGAACGACUUGUCUUCUGAGCCCCUUUCCCCCAGGCGGCUUGCCCAGAGCCGGACGGAUUUUGGGGACACCAGAGCGAGGGAAGGGGCUCCCAGUCCCACAGGGGGGGGUCUGGAGUUUUGGGGACCCCCCCAGAACGGGGAGGUGGGGGUGUCCCCUGGCAAAAGGGAUUUAGGGGGGCCGGGGGGAGGCAGCCGAUAACCAAAAAUAAAGCGCGAGCCCGGCGCCGAUCCCUGGCGGGGUCUGCGGUGAAACCGGCCGCUUCCUCGGUGCUGGUGGCCACAGCCGGGCCCCCCCCGCCCUGCCGCAGCCCCCCCCCCCGCGGGGGGGCCCUGCUCCCCCCCAGGCCCAGGAUGCAUAAAACGCCCCUCAGCAGCAGCCGCUCCCGGGGCUCUCCUGAGGUUGAAACCAAAGGCUGUUCCUUUUUCUACAGACACAAACACAACCACCUCACGCGGCGGCAACUCCCGUUGCCCCUAUUUCCCCUUUUCUUUUAUUAUUAUUAAUUUUUAAAAUUUUUUUUUUUUUUUUCUCCUCCUUUCUUGCUUUUCUGUUGACGGUGUCUGCGUGGCGAGGGGAUGGCUGAGCCAGGGCUCGGCGCGGGGUUCGGCUCACCCCUUCCCGGCCGCUGCUGCCGAUAACCAGCACCGGCACAACAAGCCAGAGCCCCCUGCGCCCCCCACCCCCCCCCCCCAGCACCGAAACAAACCCCAAAAAGGGUUUUUACAAACCGAAAUGGAAGCUCUGCAGUUUCUGACUGCUCUUGGGAUUUUUUUUUUUUUCCUUCUCUUUUCUUUUUCCUGUGAAAGAGUCUAAAACAAAAAUGUAGGAAUUUUGUAAAACUCCAGGUCGCUUUACUCCUGUAAAUAUCUAUAUUUUUUAAUCAGAUGUAUGAAGAACAAACGAUGAUGUGCAAUACCCCAGCCCCCCCCCCCCCCCCCCCGGGCUACGGCCCCUCCUUCCUUUCUAACGAGUUUUCAUUUGUAUAUCGUUAAUGGAUUUGCUGUCGUCUUUGUUUUUCCCUUUUUUGUGAGGUUAGACUCGCUUUUGGACAAAAAACACCCCCCCUGAACCCCACCCCCCCACCCCCCCGUGACCGCAGGAGCUUUUGUAUCUGUAAGAUAUUGUAAUUACCUAUUUGUGUAACGAGAUCUACUACUGUAAGUUUUGUACUGUACUGGCUGAAGGUCUGUUAUAAAUAAACCGGAGUAAUUUAACGCCUCC